AUGUUUUCGAUAAUAUCUCGUCGAUGUUUAAACAUUACUUUGCGUUAUUGUCCAUUUGCUUAUCAAGUAUCAACAAAACAUGCGCACACAUUAUCAAAAAAAGUCGUUACUAAUACAAUAUGCAACUCAAAACUUCAAAUAUUUUCUUACAAUCAAAAUCGAAGUCUUACACUCGACGAAUGGGCUGAAAUAGGAAAGAAAUUCGAGACACCCGAUGCAUUAACACCACAAAAACUAAUUGAAAGAGUUAUGCGUGUUGUUAACGAUUUUGAUAAAGUCAAAGAAGCAGCAAAAACGGAGGUGACUGAAACAACUCAUUUUAUGAAUGAUCUUGGACUUGAUAGUUUAGAUCAUGUUGAAAUUAUUGUUGCACUAGAAGAUGAGUUUGGAUUUGAGAUUGCAGAUGUUGAUUAUGAUAAAUUGUAUACACCACGAGCUAUUGUUGAAUAUAUGAUUCAAAAAUUACAUAUUAAUACAUCUCCACCACCUUUACCAUCAUCAGACAGUGAUCCUCGUCACAAUAUUCCACAUUAA